AUGGAAUUAUCUGAUCAAAUUCGACAAAAAGAAGAAAUACGUUCCACUGUGAUUUUUGCACAAAAAAGUUUUGUGACUAAUUUGACCGGAUACGAAUACCUUCUUCGACAUGAAAGUUCUAUUGUUCCUUUGGUUUUGAUUGGCGAAGACUAUACUGAGAAUGAAAUGUUGGGACUUAUUCUAGGUCUUUGGUCUUUUGUACUAGUUUUCAUGGAUAAAGUUGAUAAUUACGAUAUGUUCUCAAUCAUAAAUGAUACUCUUCGUCAAAUUCAUUCAUCCAAGAUGCUCUUCGUUUUGGAGAAGGAACCACAGGAUUCGGAGUCGUUAAGAAAGUUUUUUCAAACUUGUCUCCGAUUGGGAAUAGUCAAUAUCAUCAUAAUGUUCGACAAUGAAGUUCUCACCUAUGAACCAUUCCCUGAAGUCAGCUUAGAAAAUAUCACAUCAACUGCAAUGACAGAUUAUUAUCCAGAUCGAAGUUAUGAUCUAAAAGGUUACGUUUUUUACACACCAAUUUAUCAAGAUGGAUCAAGAGUUUUUAUGUACACUGACCAAGAUGGCAAUGAAAAGAUAACAGGAGUUAAUACGGAGAUUUUUAGGUCCUUUGUACAGAGACAUAAUGCCACAUUUGAAAGACUUCUCGAUGGAACGAAUCACAGUGGAUUUGACAUACUUGGUGCAUUGUCACUUUUAACACAGGGUAAAGUUGACAUCUUGAUGCAUUCUUAUUCGUCUUUUUCGCCAAAUAAAUUCGCCUUUAGUUAUCCGAUUGCACAAAUUAAAUGGCAGUUAGUUUCUCCAUUUGUGGGAGAAAUUCCUUCUUACCGGUACUUGAUCUUGCCAUUUGAUUGUGAAGUUUGGGUAUUUCUUGGAAUCACUUUUGUGUACAUCUCAAUAGCUAGCUAUUUGACUCGAAGGUAUUGUCAAAAAUUGCCAGAAUAUGGACCAGCAUUUUCACGAAGUUUGACUCAAUUACUUUACCUUUCUUCGACUGAUUUGCAUUGUGAUUUACGUGCAUUAAUUUUCGAAAUGCAAAUCUUCUGUUACGGACUGAUUUUGACAAAUAUUUAUGCAGCUUUUUUGUCAGCAUUUCUAACCACAACAGUUCAGGGCAAUCAAAUUGACACCUUUAAGCAAUUAUAUGAAAGUGGUUUUAAAAUUAUUUCGACAUAUUUCGAAAUUAUUGCAAUUACUAGUACAAGUGGGUUUAAUCAACAUUACAAAAUUCUUUUCGAAGCUCAAAAUAUUGACUUUAUCAACGAAUAUCGCAGAAGCUUGAAUAGAACUUUUGCAUUUGUCUUUGCUGAAGAUCGGGCGAAUUUCUUUUUAGGUCAACAGAAAUAUUUGGCCAAGAAGCGAAUGUACGUUUCGAAGAAUACAAUGGGAACGUAUUUUUUGACAUUUAUCAUGCAAAAAGAUUCACCAUUUCGAAAGAGUUUCGAUGGGAUUUUAUUGCAGCUUUAUGAAACCGGUUUGUAUAAGAAAUGGGAAGAAGAUGUUUUUAAUCAAGCUGUGGCUUCCAAGUAUUUGCAAUUAUUUCGAACGGAGAGUGAGGAUUUAUUUCGACCAUUGACAAUUGCUCAUUUGGGAAUUGGUUGGUUUACACUUGCCAUUGGAUUUGGAUUGUCAAUGAUGGUGUUUUUGGUGGAGUAUAUUAGAUUUAAAGUAGUAAAGAAGUGGAACGAGAACUGA